GCAGGAGAAUCCUGAGGAUUCAUACCUCAUUCUGGGCCAGAUUCUGUCUGCAGUGACAGUUGAGCAAAUCUAAUAUCACUUACUCUGAUAAAGCAGAAUUUGGCCCUAGUACAAAAGAUGCUCGUUAUAUAGCGAAUGAGGCAGACAGAAGCCAGUCGUUGAACACAGAUUACACAAAUUAAAAGAAAUUAAUUUGUAACUAUAACAUUAAUGAUUCUUAUUUUUAAUUUAUAUUUGAUUGCUGGACCCUUCUCUGUACAGUAAUUCCGUCUGUCUACUCCAUGUUUGCAUUAGUGGCUAUGUUGUCAGCACUCAUCAAAUGAAUAACCUGUCUGUUGCUCCUCAGGAAGUAUGCAAAAGCAGAAACUCUUAUGACAGUCACUGAUCCUGUACAUGAUAUUGCAUUUGCUCCGAAUCUGGGAAGAUCCUUCCAUAUUUUAGCUGUAGCUACCAAAGAUGUACGAAUUUUCACACUGAAACCUGUAAGGAAAGAAUUGACUACUUCUGGAGGACUAACAAAAUUUGAAAUUCAGAUAGUAGCUCAGUUUGAUAAUCACAAUUCCCAGGUCUGGCGAGUAAGCUGGAACAUUACAGGCACAGUGCUUGCAUCAUCUGGUGAUGAUGGCUGUGUUAGACUAUGGAAAGCUAAUUACAUGGACAACUGGAAGUGCACUGGUAUACUGAAAGGUAACGGGAGUCCAGUCAGUGGUAGUUCUCAGCAGGGAAUGUUUAAUGCUUCUCUAGGUUCAGCCAAUACAAGCCUACAGAAUUCAUUAAAUGGAUCAGCUGCUGGCAGAAAACAGAGCUGAUAUCAACCUAACUGGAGUAACUUUGCUGUUUUGCUGCUUGUUGCAUGCACACAGGAAUGGAAAGAGAACUUCUUUUUCCCCUCCCCAACGCCGUUUGACCUCUCCCAAGACACCAGCAGCCUGAUAACUACUAAAAGCAAUUCAAAAGGCCUUUUUAAAAAUACACUGUAUACCUUUUUGUACUAGCCAUUGCAGUUUGACACUGUUGGAACUUCUGAAAGAAAGAUAAUUGGAGAGGGUUCUUGUUGAGACAGAUUUCCACCAAAAUAGGUUUCCCCCCCCACCCCCGACUGCCCGCCCUGGAAAGCUCAUGAAACUAAUGGACUAGUAUAUGGAUUAAGAGGAUUUGUUGUCCUUAGCUGGGGUGUGAGGAGGGAAAAGACUGCUUAAUGACCAUUAAAGUCAGUUAAUUUUCAUUAAAAUUGUUUGAGUGUUGAUUUUGUUUUACAUUUUGUAGUAUUCAAAUAUAUAAUUGAUUCCUAAACAUUACAGCUUUGUAAUUACUUUGUAAUAUACUGAAACUGUUUAGUCUAAAAGGAAUAAGAGAACAGUCUGAUUUGACAACUGUACAGAUAUUAGCUUAAUUUAGUGUGGCGUUGCUUCAUUUAUAAAUUUGAACUACUUCAAAGAAAUGUUUUGUAAAUGCUGUCAUACUUUCUUCAGGCUCACUAAAAAUACUUUUUUCUGAUAAUGUGUUUGUAUGUUCCUGUGGUGUGAUUCCAGAGAGUAAUUAUGAUUCCCUGUGAGCACAACAUUCUGAAACUUACAGUAAUCUAGGAAACACCUAAAUUCAGAUCAACAUGCAUCUUUAAAUGUGGAUUAUCCCAGGAUUUAUUAAUUACUUGGCCACGCCAUUCUGUAAAUAUUCUCAGAGCAAAAAACAAGACAGAUAAUGUCUCCAAAUAUUUUAAUAGUUAUAUUAAAGUGCAUAAAUGUUACGGGUAAGUCAUAAUAGAAGUUGGCAAAAUGACAUGAAAUGGCAUUCUCUGAGCAUUGUUGAUCAGAAAUCUUUAGCUUGUUCUGAGAUUUCUGCAGAAAUAUGUAAAUACAUACAAAGAUUGUAUUUAAUUGAAAAGAGUAGUCCUUCCUUGUAAAUGUAUAUUGUGAUAUCUAAGUAUUGUAAAAACAAUCUCAUGUUUUUACAUCUGUUCUAAAAACUUGCAGUAAAAUUGAUCUGAGUUGGAUGCAAAUGCAGCAUGUGUACUUGCAUAAUAUUUAAUGUCUGUGUGGUGUUGCAAAUGAAGCAUUAUUAAAGUCUCUGUUAAUAAGUUGCAUGAA